UGCCUGGCGAGGAAGCAGGAAGCCCGGGGAGACCCGCGGGUGGGCACCGCGGCGAGGCGCCAUGGCCGCCGGAGACCCGGGCGCGGGGUUUGUGUCCCGGGGUCUGACGAGGGCGCGGGCGUCGGCCCCGACCGCGGCCUCGCCCGCGCUGACCCCAGCCCCGGACCCCGCGCUGAGCCAGCCCCCCGCCCCGUCGUCGCCGUCGCUGUGCCAGGGCCCCGCGCUGACUCCGGCCCAGGCUGCCCUGCCCCUGGCCGCCCUGAACGUGAGCGUGCGCCGCCGCCUGGCCCUGCACCUGAACCCGCGCACGCCCGUGGCCGCCGACUGGACGGCGCUGGCCGAGGAGAUGGACUUCGAGUACCUGGAGAUCCGGCAGCUGGAGACGCGGCCCAACCCCACCGCCGCCCUGCUGGAUGCCUGGCAGGUCCGGCCCGGGGCCUCGGUGGGCUGCCUGCUGAGGCUGCUGGCCAAGCUGGGCCGGGAGGACGUGCUGCAGGAGCUGGGGCCGGGCGUGGUGGAGGACUGCAACAAGUACAUUCGGAAGCAACAGCAGCUGGAGACUGAGAAGCCCUUGCAGGUGGCUCGGGUGGACAGCAGCGUCCCCAGGACUGAGGAGCUGACGGGCAUCACCACCCUGGACGACCCGCUGGGACAAACACCAGAGUGUUUCGAUGCCUUCAUCUGCUACUGCCCCAAUGACCUCCAGUUUGUGCAGGAGAUGAUCCGGCAGCUGGAGCAGACCGACCACCGGCUGAAGUUGUGCGUGUCAGACCGCGAUGUGCUUCCCGGCACUUGUGUCUGGUCCAUCGCCAGUGAACUCAUCGAGAAGAGAUGCCGCCGGAUGGUGGUGGUGGUCUCAGAUGAUUACCUACAGAGCAAGGAGUGUGACUUCCAGACAAAAUUUGCACUCAGCCUCUCUCCAGGUGCACAUCAGAAACGUCUGAUCCCCAUCAAGUACAAGCCCAUGAAGAAGGAGUUCCCCAGCAUCCUCCGCUUCAUCACCGUCUGUGACUACACCAACCCAUGCACCAAGUCCUGGUUCUGGACCCGCCUGGCCAAGGCCUUGUCCUUGCCUUAAUGGGGGCAUCUGGACCAUGGAGGAGGGCCUGAACCAUAGGGGUGCCCUAAAUGUGCCUUACUCCCCUUCACCUUUUAUUUCUCUGAGACCUGGCAGCUCCAAGCUGCACCCGAGGAGCAAGGAGGGAAAAUCAGAGUGGAGCUCUGUGCGAUCACAGCAGGAACUGUCUCAGGGGUGCCCUGGAGAGACCAUUUUGGGGUUCAGAGGGUGUAUGUAGGAGGAACCUAGGCCCCCUCGCUCUCAUCCUCGGGGUGGAUCCCUCCCUAAGCCUGGCCCGCCAAGCUCCUCCUCUUGUUGGCAUACAGACCCCUGCCAGCCUCUGACCCCUGAUCUACGGACAGAUCUGAGCAAUUGGGGAUGUCCAGGGGAUAAUGAGUACUGCACGGUCAGACCCAAUGUAGAAAGGGGCCUGGGCCCUGAGUGUGUCCAUUCUAUCUGAGCGGCCAUGGUCUCUCCCUGGCAAUGUCAGGAGAAAAGCUUUCUCCUUGUGCCACCACUCACACACAGAGUGAGCCCCAACAGCUUCUUUCCCUCCUUCCUCUGGCCUUCCUUCCCUCCC